ACUUCGUAUCGCCCUUCACCUGCACCAAACCGCAGCAACCAACUCCCUCUUCUGCCGCUUGUUGCUAUCCUCUGCAUUGGCAGUGGUUCCUUCUACUACCUUACCAGGUCACGGGAAGGCACUGGAAAAGCAGGCUUCGUGACACCGGAGAAGGCACCAGAGGAUCUUAAGCAGUGGCCCAGGACUACUGCUAGCGAUCAGACUUUGUCACGACGGUAGACAGUCAACUUCCGUGCUGAAAGUACAUAAGAACACGUCCUUGUAGUCGAGACCAUGCCGCCAACCGGCGAAGACCUCCAAAACCACCCUCAACUGCAGGCGCCCAAACGAGACAAACCACUCUUCUCCCCUGGCACAGGUGAAGGCCAAGCCCUCGUCAUCUUCGUCCUAGGUGGGCCUGGAGCAGGCAAAGGCACCCAGUGUGCCAGCCUCGUGCGUGACUACGGCUUCGCACAUCUCUCGGCGGGCGACCUACUCCGCGAAGAGCAAGACCGACCUGGCAGUGAGUUCGGCGACAUGAUCAAGUCCUACAUCAAGGAAGGCCAGAUCGUGCCGAUGGAAGUCACGAUCCAAUUGCUCGAGAAUGCUAUGGGUCGUAUUAUUGAGGAGAAAGGGGAGCAUAAGUUUUUGAUCGAUGGCUUUCCGCGGAAGAUGGACCAGGCGUUGGGGUUUGAGGAGAAGGUGGUUAAGAGUCGAUUUACGUUGUUCUUUGAGACGAGCGAAGAGGUUAUGAGGGAACGAUUGUUGAAGAGGGGUGAAACGAGCGGGAGGGCUGAUGAUAACGAGGAGUCCAUCAAGAAGAGGUUCCGCACGUUUGUGGAGACGAGUAUGCCGGUUGUGGAGACGUUUGAGAAGGAAGGAAGAGUGGAGAGGGUGGAUGCUACGAAAAGCGCGGAGGAGGUGUAUGGGCUUGUGAAGAAGGUUAUGGAGAAGGAGGGUAUUGAGCCGGUGAAGAAGCAGUGAUGGUGUGCUGCUGAACGUGAUGUGCUUUAGCCAGGUGUCUGUCAUGUCGCCGUGCCUGCUUAGCGUUCGGUCUUGCAAGCGCUCCUCCCAUUGAGCACUGAACGGUACGAUGCACCGUAGAGACCUUGAAUCAUCAGCCUCCGUCCCAGCCGCCAAUG